AUGUGUUACUUUCACCAGACUAGGUGGAGAUGUGGGUACUGGAAAUGGGGAAACUUCGUGCAGCAGUGCAAUAAGGAGUACCGGACUGGUGAGACGUGUGGCCGAAAGUUCGUUUACGAUACCAACUAUAAGAACCAGGAUUGCAGGCUGUGCGAAGACAUGCGUAAGAAACAGCGCCGGUAUUCAAAGAUGGCCCAAGACGUGGAGCGGUGGAGGAGGGAGGGUAAUCGGAAGGCGACAAUCGCGAAGGCCGAGUGUGAUAUGGUGGAUAUCCGGGAAGCAAUAACGAAAAUUGAGGGAGAGCAUACGAAGAGA